AUAAUUUCGUCAUAAAGAAAUGUCAAAUUGAACACAAAAAUUUCGCGCUGAAUUUUUCUUUUCUUUUUGCUUUUAUUUAAUUUCUUUUAUUUUAUUUUAAAUAAAUUUGCAAAAAAAACUCAACUAAAUAUUAAUUUAUAAAAGAACAAAUUCAUUACAAUAAAAUUUUAUAAGCAAAUGUUUUGAAUUAGGAUGGAAACUCCAAAAAGUCAACGCUCACGUCCAACCAGAAAUCCAACACCUCGCUUAUCCGAACGUAAAAAAUCUCUUUUUACAACUAUUUUAAGUGAUUCUAAAGAAUCUUCCUCAGAUUCCGAAAUAGAAAAUAAUGUCUUACAAGGUUUAAAAGUCUUAAAUGAAGGUAAGACCACAAAAAUGCGUUCCAUUGAUUCAUUAUUAAAAAAGACCCCCAAGAAAGCAAUUAGUUUUCUUAAAAACAACAACAAUUCAUCAUCACCCGAAAAAAUGUAUGAUGAUUUAUUUGAAAAACUUCCCGAUAGUCCACCACCACUAUCAAAAGAAACUGUUGUCACUCCAACUCGACGUAGUUUUCGAUUAAGUUUAAAACCAAAAAAUGGUUCUCCAACAACAAAUUCCCUUGUUAAUAAAAUUCCCGGCAAGGAAAAUAAUAUCCCUCGAACACCAACAAAAACUUACAGUGACGAAUUACAAGACAUGUUUACUAACUCAAUGAAUUUGAAUAAAAAUAAAAAAGCUUCCGAAGAGGAAGAAGAAGAAAUUAUUGAGGAAUCAUCUUCCGAUGAAGAUGAUUCGAAUCCUGAUCCAUGUCAUGAUAGAUUCAAGACAGUGGCUCAUAAAAGAACUUGUACCUCCGAAGCAAGUACAUCUCCUAAAUUAGAUUCAGUUAAAGUCCGUCGACUUAAUAACUCUGAGAGAUUGUCCAUAUCGACAAAGAGUUUCUAUUCCACCUCAAAGACAUCUCCCACGUCGGUGAGAAGUCCUCCGAAGCUUGCUGUCUUAAAGCAACCAUCAAGAGUUAAGAAUCCUAAUCCCAAUUCUUAUAACUCUAAUAAAGUAAAAAAUAAUCGAAUAAAUAAAGGAGUCCAUCAUAGCAUUAAAAAGAAACCUAAACCAAAAGCUGCACUUCCGAGUGUUCCGAAAAAAGACAUUCUUUCGAUUAUUCGAAAUGAAAAACUCCGAAACUUACUAACUACCAAACGCAAAGAAAAAGAUCAAAUUGAAAGUGUCCAUCGGAUACUUAAAUCAGCCAAGAAUCCCAUUGAAAUGGCAAAACCUUUGAGUGUCAUUGUAGCUUCUCAUAAUGAUGCUUCCUCCGAACACAAUAAAUCCAAAAAUGAUGGUAAUAAUAAUGCAUCAAUAACACCGAAACGAUGUUAUAUGAGUGGACCGCCGGCGGGUGAUAUAUCAAUGGGAUUCUCAGAUAUUGAAUGUAGUAGUGAGUCGGAGGAGGAAGGAGAAGAAGCUAUUGAAGAUGCUAUACAAAAUGAUGUUAAUGAAUUGCUGGGGGAGGUGGAGGAGGAGAGACCACCGACACCAGUGCCAGGAAGGAAAUUCUUCAAGUCGGGACAUUCGGGAACGAAGAAGGAAGUUAAAAUUACAGAUACUAUUAAGGCAUCGGUUUGUAAUGGGAAAUUGUCAAUUAUGACGGAUGUUAAGCAGCAGAGGAGGAAGAAAUUAAAACUUAGGGAUUCGAGAGUUAACGAAUUUUCAUCGGAGCAAGCCAAAGUGGAUGAGAUCAUCAAAAACUUUGAUAUAUCCAUCAUUUCUACACAACCCAUUGAGGAAGAAAUACCAGCUUCACCAGCAAAAGCCUCAGUAGCUGCAACACCCAAUCAAAUUGUACAACCACCCAGUCCAACUGCAACAUGCUCCAAUGAUGGUUUCGAUGAAUUCGAUGAAAUGCGUAUGACCGAAACCGAAGCUGAUGUCGAAGAAGAUGAUGAAUUUUACGAAUUUCGUCGCCGUCUACCCUACAACACAAAUAAUCCAGAACUCAUCGAACAACAACACAUUCUUUUAGAUUUCUUGAUUACAAAUAAAAUUUGCACCGAAGAAAAUUUUACAAUAUUCAUUGCCGAUCCAGAAAACAACAAAGAAGCUGCUCAAAGAAUAGUUGAUCAGCUUGUUGUUGUGGUAAAUGAUAGUCCAGAUAAUUAUCGCCAACGAUUACCAUACAAUACCACAGAUCCGGCGGAGAUAGAGCAACAAAGAAGUUUCCUUGAGUUUUUAAUUGAAAAUAAUUUGUGCAAUGAGGAAAAUUUUGAAAUAUUCAUCGCUGACUAUGCCAAUCGCCAAGAAGAAGCUGAUCGAAUUAUUACUGAAGUUGUAGCUUCUACACAUAAUAUUUCUGCAGAAGAGUUGGAACGGGAGCUCAAUCGAUUCAAUAAACAAACUCCUGAGAGUAUGGAUAUAGAAAUCCCCGAUCAAAAUAGAGAAAUCCAAAGGGUUCUCGAAGCCUCCCCCGAAAAGCUAUUCCCGAUAUUCUAUCCUGGUCGUUGUCAGCCGCUUUUAAAGCAAACUUCGACCAGGAAGAUAUCACGAGAAUGGGCUGGUGGUCAUGGUUCAAAUCAAUAUCAAAUUGACGCAGGCCAAAGACAAUUUGGUGCCAGAUUCUGCAAACAGUGUGGAUUACUUUACACUGUCAAUGAGCCCGAAGAAGAGAAGCUACACAAAGAGUACCAUGCUUCGUUGCAUGUGCUCAAGUUCAAAUCAUGGAUUGAUGAAGAUAUUGUACAAAUCUAUCCCGAAUGGGGAUCCGAUGGAAGGAUCUUGAGAUUGAAUGAGAACUCACACGUGAAACGACAGGAGCGUUUGAAAGAUGUUCUUAAAUUAGUAGAUAAGGAAUUGGGAUUCUAUUCGUAUAUUAUGCCGUCUGUUUAUGUGGCGUAUCUUGCAAUUCGUCAUAAUCAAAUCGCUGCAAUUUGCUUGGUUGAACCAUUGACAGAGGCACAUCGAUAUGUUUCAAUAAAUGGAGUCGAUUGUUGCACUGAUGAAGCCUUUCCAGCAAAAUGCGGCAUAUCUAGAAUAUGGGUCUCUCCACUUCAUCGGCGAUUCCGUAUUGCAUCGAAACUAAUUCGUGCCGUUCAGUUGCAUACGAUAUUUGGUGAAGAGAUUCCUUUGGAUAAAAUUGCAUUUAGUGCGCCGACAGAAGAUGGAAAGAAAUUUGCUCUAAAUGUUACAAAAUUGAAUAAUUUCCUUGUGUACCAGUAGAUGAGCUAAUAUUUUAUAUAUUUUAUUUUUUUUUUCCUUAAUUUUAUUUAAAAUCAGUGCAACUUGAUAAAAAAAAACUAUUUCUCUUGUAAAAAUAAGAUUCAUCAUGUUUUAGGGUCCUUAUAAUAGUUGUUAUUGUGUUUUUUUUCUUUUAACCGAUUUUAUUUUUAUUUAGUUUUUCCCCAAACUUGAUAAUCAUAAAUAAUACUGAAGUAACUACUCCUGUAAAUUUUAAAUACCUAUUUUUUUCUUUUUAAACCUUUUUUUUAAAUAAGUUUUAUAAUUUUAAAUUAUUUCAAUUUUAUAAUCCAGAAAAUCG